AGUUGCGUGUUCGACGGCAGUCGGCCGCGAGGUGUGGGCCGCGCGUGACCUCCUUGCUCUCAGCCAGAGAGGAUAUAAACACAACAUGGCUGCCGGCUUCGUCGGCUCCACCAAGAGCUUCCCGUUCUCCUUCGACACCGAUGUGGAGGAAGAGGCGGGUCGCAGCACGCCGCGCCUCAAUACGAGGACAGGCAGUGAGAGUCCCACGAGCGCGGUGGGCGCGGACGUGCCCCGGGAGCUCCCCAACGAGCUGUCGGCGCCCUACGAGGUGCCGCAGUUCCCCAUCGAGCAGAUCGAGAAGAAACUCCUUAUUCAGAGGCAGCUCAACGUCAAGGCGGCAGAAUGCGGGCAGUCAGUCCGUUCGUUCGGCGGCAGCGAGGCGGGCGCCAUGACGUUCGAGGAGGCGGUGCGGCUGCGCGGGGAGGAGGACGAGCCCGAGGUGGUGCUGCCGCACUUCCAGCGGGUGUCGAUCAGUGGAGAGGACACGUCUGGGGUGAGUGUCCCGCUAGAAGACCUGCAGCUGGCGUCCUCCUACCUGGUGCAGGCGCUGGAGAUCCGCAAGCGCUACAUGGCCAUGUCCAACCAGAGCUUCGAGAACAUCACCGACCGCUUCCUCCGCUCCAUGGACGCCGAGGCCAUGGCCAACCACACGCCGCACAGAGUACCCAAGACUAAUAUUGCUGACCACGACGUGCACCCUCCCUACACGAAGGACCGCGACCCCUGGGAGUGCCCGAUGCCGGCGCCCAAGGGCUGGACCAUCAAGCCGGACAAGGGGGUCUUCAACUGCUACACCACGGUGGACGGCAAGGAGACCCGGGUCCCCUUCCAGUACGUCACCCUGGCAGAGUACAUACAGGACAAAUACACCAUGUGCAAUAUGAUUGCCGAUGGGCCGCUGAAGUCGUUCUGCUACCGGCGGCUCAGCUACCUGUCGUCCAAGUUCCAGCUGCACGUGCUGCUCAACGAGCUGCGCGAGCUGGCCUCGCAGAAGGCAGUGCCGCAUCGGGACUUCUACAAUAUUCGUAAAGUAGACACCCACAUCCACGCGGCGUCGUGCAUGAACCAGAAGCAUCUGCUGCGGUUCAUCAAGAAGACGUUGAAGACUCACGCUGAUGAGGUGGUGACACUGCACAAGGGGUCCCCGAUGACGCUGAAGGCGGUGUUCCAGUCCAUGAACCUCAGCACCUACGACCUCACCGUGGACAUGCUGGAUGUACACGCGGACCGCAACACAUUCCACCGCUUCGAUAAGUUCAACGCCAAGUACAACCCCAUCGGCGAGAGCCGCCUGCGCGAGGUGUUCCUCAAGACCGACAACUACAUGAACGGGAAGUACUUCGCCAGGAUCAUCAACGAAGUGGCAGCAGACCUCGAGGAGUCCAAGUACCAGAACGCGGAGCUGCGGCUGUCCAUCUACGGCAAGAGCCCGGGCGAGUGGGCCAAGCUCGCCAAGUGGGCCAUCCAGUACGACGUGCACUCCGACAACGUGCGCUGGCUUAUACAGAUACCGAGGCUUUACGAUAUCUUCAAGUCCAACAAGAUAAUGAACAACUUCCAAGAGUUCCUGAGCAACAUCUUCACGCCGCUGUUCGAGGUCACCAACGACCCCAACAGCAACAUCGAACUGCACAAAUUCCUCACUCACGUGGUAGGCUUCGACAGCGUGGACGACGAGAGCAAGCCGGAGAACCCGAUGCUGGACCCCGACGUGAAGAGCCCCGAGGAGUGGGACGACGAGGACAACCCGCCCUACGCCUACUACCUGUACUACAUGUACGCCAACAUGACCGUGCUCAACCACGCGCGCAAAGAGCAAGGUCUGAACACGUUCGUGCUGCGCCCUCACUGCGGCGAGGCGGGCCCCGUGCAGCACCUCGUGUGCGGGUUCAUGCUGGCUGAGAACAUCUCGCACGGACUGCUGCUUAGAAAAGUGCCAGUGCUCCAAUACCUGUACUACCUGGCUCAGAUCGCGAUCGCCAUGUCGCCUCUGUCCAACAACUCUCUGUUCCUGAACUACCACCGCAACCCGUGCCCGGAGUUCCUGGCGCGCGGGCUCUGCGUCACGCUCAGUACUGACGACCCACUGCAGUUCCACUUUACUAAGGAACCUCUGAUGGAGGAGUACAGUAUCGCGGCUCAGGUGUGGAAGCUGAGCUCAUGCGACAUGUGCGAGCUGGCCAGAAACUCUGUGCUCAUGUCUGGAUUCCCACACGAGAUGAAGCAGUACUGGCUUGGUCCCAACUACACCAAGGAGGGAGUAGCCGGCAACGAUAUCACCAGGACCAAUGUACCCGACAUUCGCAUCUCGUUCCGUUACGAGACGCUGUUGGACGAACUCACCAAUAUAUUCAAGGAGGGCAUGUCGGCACAAAGAUGAAUUACGUGAAAUAGAAGAGUUUCUUUAAAAUAAUUAUACUAUAUAAUAUUAAUUAUUUGUUUUUGUUACUAAAUGUAGAUUGAAAUCUUUUAUUUACUGUUUUGAAGACUACUAAAAGUUCUUGAUACUUAUCCUUCAAAUUACUGUCCCAUUUCAUCGUUUUAAAACUAUCAUGGCUUGUUACAUUAUACCCCUGUGUAUUUUUUUGUUAUAACUAUACGAUAAUGUAGGACGGUAUAUACAAAUUUGUCCCAAUUAAACUUAUAGAUUUAGAUUAAGAAAAUAAAUUACCCCAAAUUGUGAUAUUUAAGUGAAAAUGGCUGCAAAUGCCAUGGAAAGAAAACAAAGUGCUAUUGUGAUGUUCAUAAACAUUAUUAAGGUACCAAUUGGUAAGAAAAAGAAUAAAGUAGACAUUUCCUAUUAAACUAUAUUCAAUUAAAUGUUGGUAUAUUUCUUUGGUAUUUUCAAACAUGCCAUUGUUUAUGGAUGGAAAUUAAACUAUCUAGUCUAGCGUUCUCUUGACUCUCUUGACUUCUAAGAUUUGUCUUUCUCUUAAACCCCAUUGACAAUACAUUUAUAUACAUUUCAUAAUUCUUACUAAAUUAUUCAUCAAAAAAUAUAUGUGACACUCAAAGAGAGACUGCUGUGUGAAUUGUCCAUAAGCAAAGUUACGAUCGGGAGGGUUAACCUACAUCGGCAUCUGAAAUUUUUAACAUACAUAACUAAAUUGUGUAAACUUAACUUCAAAGUGCUUAACAUAUUCUUAGUUUGUGUCUAUUUUAAUGCUUUUUGUGAUGUUUUAAUAAAUGUAUCCAAAUUGUGUUUAACAAAUAAUCCUUUAACAUUGUAAUGGUAUUGUUCUUGAAGUUACUGUUAGUUAAAUGUUUCUAGAAUAGCCUUCUUAUUUGUUAUAAGUGUACUCCCUUAAGAUAAUUGCAAUUUUGCAUAAUUUGUACUUAUUUUAAUAAGUUGAAUUCCAUACUUAAGUGCUUCAAAGUAGAUUUAAAAAAAUAAAAUCGUAUAAAAUUAUGAUUUUAAAAAAUAUACUUAUAUAUAGCAAUGUACUUAUUUUAAAGAAUUCAACUUAAACUUUUUAGAAUCUUAAUGACACCCUUGAUCCUAUACAAACAUUUUUGUAUAUUCAUUUGUAAAAGAAAAGUUUGUUAUCAUGUUGUUGAAAUAAAUUAAUCAUCC